GCUACCUGGCGUUCCACGCAGGAACCACCAGGGGGCUCCCCAGGUAGCCGUUGGAAAGGCAGGGCGUCCCUCACUAGCUUCGGGAGGGAACUGAGCAUGCGCUCUUUAACCACCUCUGAGACCCUCGCGGGGCAUUUUGUAAAGAAGACUGAAAGUGCGUCUUUCCUUUCUACGGUGCCCGAUUCUGCUCCCCCCCCCCCACCCGCCGCUCCCUUGCUACGAGCCUUUCCAGCAGUCCAAGAGGCUGCAAGGACGCCUUGCACGGAGGGAGAUCAAGACCUGACUCCGGAGCUCAAUAUAGAAAUUGGAAAUCUUUCCUGGUUCCUUUGGAGUCCGAAGUAUCUGGUGUGGGAAGAGGGCUGAAUGGCCUUUAGGAGAUUUGGUUAGACAUCUUCUAAUUGGUAAAACUUGGGAGAUCCAUCCAUCCAUUUUGGAUCUGAAUUAGAGACCAGAGAGAAGAUGGAGGAACAAAGCCCAGCAGAUGCAGGAGUUGGAAAAAGCCCUCCAGUUACUCAGCCUUGGAGCUGUAGGGAAAAUGGGGCAAGUCCUGGGCAGAAGAGCCAAGAAGAGGAAGCCAACAGUUCAGAGGUUCAAUGCAGUCACUACAGAAAAGUGCAGUUCCAGGAGGGGAAGAGUCCCCGAGAUGUUUGCACUCAGCUUCACCGCCUUUGCCGUCAAUGGCUGCAGCCAGAAAGACACACAAAGGCUCAGAUACUGGACCUGGUGCUCCUGGAGCAGUUCCUGGCUGUCCUUCCCCCAGAGAUGGAGAAAUGGGUGCAGGAGUGUGGAGCACAAACCAGUUCCCAGGCGGUGGCCCUGGCCGAAGGCUUCCUCCUGGCCCAUGAUUCGGAAAAAAUGCAGAAAUCCUUGGAAGCUACGACUGAGUAUCCCAAGGGGAGGAAGGAUUCAUUCAUAUCUUCUCAGGAGCUGCUGUUCAGGGAGACCUUAUGCAAAGAUCAGAGUCAGGACACCACUCCAGAGAGUAGAAAGCUGUCCCUGGAAUUUUUUGAAUCACUUCGUCUUUGUGGUGGAGCUGAAGGAUUGGCUGAACCGCUACUUCAGGGUGUUACAUCUUUUGAAGAUGUGGCUGUGCAUUUCUCCGAGGAGGAGUGGUCUCAACUGGAUGCUGACCAAAAAACGCUCCAUGGUGAAGUCAUGCUGGAGAAUUCCAGGAAUCUGGCUUCUCUGGGCUAUAAUGGUCAGCAGAAUAAGAAUUGCAAGGAGGAAUGCCAAGCGAUCCAUUCGAAAGAGGGGAAAGGGAAGCGAUAUCAAUGCAUGGAGUGUGGGAAGACGUUUACUCAUAGCAGUAGUCUCCAUUCCCAUAAGAGGAUCCACAGAGGAGAGAAGCCAUAUCAAUGUAUGGAGUGUGGAAAGACCUUUAGUAGGAAAAACGUUCUGAUUCAGCAUAAAACUAUCCAUACAGAGGAGAAGUUAUAUCAAUGCAUAGAAUGUGGAAAGUCCUUCUCUUACUAUAGCUCUUUCAUAAUCCAUCGAAGGAAUCACAAAGGAGAAAGACCUUAUAAAUGCAUGGAGUGUGGAAAGACCUUUACUUGUAGCAGUAGUCUCAAUUCCCAUAAGAGGAUCCAUACAGGAGAGAAACCAUAUCAAUGCAUGGAGUGUGGAAAGACCUUUCCCUGUAGCAGUCGUCUUAAUUCCCAUAAGAGGAUCCACACAGGAGAGAAGCCAUAUCAAUGCAAGGAAUGUGGAAAGACCUUCUCUUAUUAUAGCUCUCUUAUAGUCCAUCAUAGGAAUCACAAAGGAGAAACACCUUAUAAAUGCAUGGAGUGUGGAAAGGCUUUUAGUAGUAGUAGUCAUCUUGCCUCCCAUAAGAAGAUCCACACAGGAAAGAAAUCAUAUCAGUGCAUGGAGUGUGGAAAGACCUUCUGUUAUUCUAGGUCUUUUAAAAGGCAUCAAAUGAAUCACAGAGGAGAAAGACCUUAUAAGUGCAUGGAGUGUGGAAAGAGCUUUACUUGUACCAGUCAUCUUAAUACCCAUAAGAUGAUCCACGUAAUAGAGAAGCCAUAUCAUUGUGUGGAGUGUGGAAAGACCUUCUGUUACAAUCGUUCUCUUAUACUCCAUCAAAUGAUUCACAGAGGAGAAAGACCAUAUCAAUGCAUGGAGUGUGGAAAGACCUUUACUUGCAGUAGUAAUCUCAAUUCACAUAAGAGGAUGCACACAGAAGAGAAACCAUAUCAAUGUAAGGAGUGUGGAAAGACCUUCACUUGUACCAGUAAUCUGAAUUCCCACAAGAAGAUCCACACAAAAGAGAAACGAUAUCGAUGUAGGGAGUGUGGAAAGACCUUCACUUGUACCAGUAGUCUUGAAUCCCACAAGAAGACCCACACUGGAGAGAAGCCAUAUCAAUGCAUGGAAUGUGGACAGGGCUUUAAGUGGAAUUCGGGUCUUACCUACCACAAAAUGAUCCACACAGGAGAAAGACCAUAUCAAUGCAAUUUAUGUGGAAAGACCUUUACUAGAAGCAGUCAUCUGAAUUCCCACAAGAGGAUCCACACAGGAGAGAAGCCUUAUCAAUGCAUGGAGUGUGGAAAGAGCUUUAGUAGGAACUAUGCUCUUACCAAGCAUAAAAAGAUCCACACAAGGAAGAAACCAUAUCAAUAAAGGGAAGUGUGAGAAGUAGUUCAACAGAAAUCCAAGUAGUCAUCGGCGUAUGAGCCCAAAAUUUCUGUUGCUAAGUUGGACAGGUAUUAAGUGAGUUUUGCCACGUUUUUUUGCCACAGGGAAUUGCUGUUGGUAAGUGAAAUGAAACUGGCUUCCCUAUUGGCUUUGCUUGUCAGAAAGUCACAGAAGUUGAUCACAUGGCCCGGGAACGCUUCAACUGCCAUAAAUAUGAGUCAGUUGCCAAGUAUCUGAAAUUUGAUCACAUGACCAUGGGGAUGCUACAACAGUCAUCAGUUUGAAAAAUGGUCAUAAGUCACUUUUUUCAGUUCUGUUGUGACUUUGAACAAUCACUAAAUGAACUGUUAUAAAUUGAGGAUUACCUAUAAUUGUCUAAAAUCCCAUGCAAGGACCAUUUGAAUAAUAAUCCAAAUAAAUUGUAGACUAUGCAUAAAUUGCCUUUCUAGUGUAAACCAGAACAAGGUGGAUCCCUAAUUCUGCUUGUGGUUUUUUCAAGUUCAAAUAGUUCAGAAGCCGCCUUUGCAUGUAGAAGUAUUCCUGAUUUUUUUUCAUUAUAUUGUUUCAAAUAUUCCAAAAUAUCAAACACAAUUAUCACAUUAUUGUUCAAGUAUCCUUUAGGUUAAAAAAAAAACUACUUUAUUAGAGACUAAUACCUCUUGUUGAUGCCUCAGUAUUUCUGUUCUGGUAUUCAGCCAAGUGAAUACUUAUUUUCUGUCUGUUCUACUUUUCCAUCCCUGCUUGUGUUUUGAACGCUAGAAUGACAAGUCUGAUUUCUUCAUCCAGAAUGUUGGCUGUUGCUUGCAAUGUCUUGCAGUUUGUGAGUGCCAAAUUCCUUCCUUAUAGGGACGCAGUGGCUCAGUGGCUAAGACAUUGAGCUUGUCGAUCGAAAGGUUGGCAGUUCAGCAGUUUGAAUCCCUAGUAACGGGGUGAGCUCCUGUUACUUGACCCAGCUUCUGCCAACCUAGCAGUUCGAAAGCACGUAAAAAAUGCAAGUAGAAAAAUAGGGACCACCUUUGGUGGGAAGGUAACAGUGUUCCGUGCACCUUUGGGGUUGACUCAUGCUGGCCACAUGGCACGUCUUCAGACAGCGCUAGCUCUUUGGCUUUGAAACGGAGAUGAGCAGCGCCCCCUAGAGUCGGGAAUGACUAGCACAUAUGUGCAAGGGAAACCUUUACCUUUACUUAAUGAGUCCCAUGUGUCAGCAUUCCAAGUAAUGCCUCCAUUUCAAAGCAGAACCCCAAGGCAGGUUAAGUCCUCAAAGAACAGUCUUUAUUGGAAGUAGCACAACUAGUGGAAAGCCAGUUCCAAAUAUUCCUGGGCUUUCCACAACCUUCAAAGAAAACAUUUUUGGUCUUCUCAAAACAAUAAGUCACAUUGUCCAAUCUGGAUACUAGCUGAUUGUCUGGUUACAUCUCUCCUCCCCCUCUGGUCAGCCAGCUGUUGGAAUGUCUCUGACUCAUCAAAGAGCUAUUCUGUUGUCUACAUACCCCUCUAUUACUACCCCCCUUCACUGUGUUAGCCGGAAGCCCUAAGAAAAGAAACCAGUUCUUCCAAUUCAGCUUCAGUCCUGACAUCAUGAGUCCGAAGCGAGCCUGCCACUGCCACCAAUUUGUCAUGGGUUCUUUAUAGACUAUACCCAAUCUGAUUAAUUUGCGCUUAAAAGAUCCAUCAAAAGUAUGGAUUUCAGACAAUUUAAAGAAGACAAUUUCUGUCUGCUGUAAGAGUUGUGCAGAUGUUUUGUUUUAAAAAAUAUCCAAGAUACAAAACUGAAACAUACAAAUCACGUGUAAGUUCCUAUUAUGUUUGCUCUCUUAUGCUAGAUAUUUAGUAUAUUGAUACUGUAUAUAAUAUAUUGUCACUAUAUUAUAUACUAUUGUUCACCAAUGUCAUUUUAUACUAUUUCUACUGCAACUAUAUUUUUAACUAUUGCUACUAUACUUGUGGAAUGGAAUGGACUUCUUUAUUGGUCAGGUGUGAUUGUGCACACAAGAAAUUUGUCUCCAGUGCAUAAGCUCUCAUUGUGCAGCAAUGUACACUGUAGUAGUAUACAACAAUAUUUUUACUCUUACAGACACUGAUCUGUCUUUAAAUCCUCUCUGGAGUUUCCUCUGUUAUGUUUCUUUUUCAUUAAUGGACAGCAGGAAAAGCGCUAGCGCCUUACCAACGUUGGGCUUGGCUUAUGUGAUGCCAUGCUUUAAGACAGCCCUUAGUGAUGGAAAUUCGGAUCCAAAUUCCAUUCCUUAACCAAGGAUUAAUAAUAAUAAUAAUAAUAAUAAUAAUAUUUUAAUUUGUAUACCGCCCUUCUCCCGAAGGACUCAGGGCGGUGAACAGGCAGAUAAAAUAUACAUACAUACAAUAAUUAAAAACAUCCCUUAAAAAACUAAUUUAAAUGCCCAAAAUAUUAAAAACGUAC